AUGGAGCUUGUUCAUUACGAGGACAACAACAGCCAAUACCUUUGUAUUGGAACUGUGGACAAGAAAUCAUCUUCUCCGAAUCCACGAUUAUCUUUGAUUUCCGAAGAUGGCAUGAAUUUACAGGGAAACACAAGUCAAUUUUGGGAUCUGGCUUUAUCUGUUCAAGCCAUUAUCUCAAGUACUUUGGCUGAAGACUAUGGGGUAACUCUUGCGAGAGCUCAUGACUUUUUGAAACAAACUCAGGUUCAGGAAAAUCCAUCUGGAGACUUUGUGAAAAUGUAUCGGCAUGCAAGCAAAGGAUCAUGGACACUUUCAACUGCCGUCCAUAAAUGGCAAGUUUCAGAUUGCACUGCUGAAGGGCUUAAGGCAGCAUUAUUACUCUCACAAAUUUCAUCUACUAUUAAUGUUGGUAAAGAAUUGGAUGAAGCAAACUUAAAUGAUGAUGUUAAUGUCUUUAUUUCACUUCAUAGCUCAAAUGGAGGCUUUCCUGCAUGGGAGCCAGCAAGGCAUCUCGUUGGCUAG